UUCAGGACUGGCCCAUCGGCGUUUCUUUUCCCGCCUCUCCGGCGACUUCCGCUUCCGGGUCUGACGGAUCCUUCGGCCGUAAGGAUGAUCGGGGACAUCCUGCUGUUCGGGACGCUCCUGAUGAACGCCGGGGCUGUGCUCAACUUUAAACUGAAAAAGAAAGACACGCAGGGCUUUGGGGAGGAGUCAAGGGAACCCAGCACAGGUGACAAUAUCCGGGAGUUCUUACUGAGCCUCAGGUACUUCCGCAUUUUCAUCGCCCUGUGGAACGUCUUCAUGAUGUUCUGCAUGAUCAUGCUGUUUGGCUCUUGAGCUCCACACAUGGAAACCAGAACUCACCUUUCCAGAUGUUGAGGCUCCACUUCUCCAAUCCUGAUGAUUUCAGGAACGUUUAUGACCAGAAAACCAGGAACCUUCCUGGAAAACCUGAGCUCGUGGUGGGCUGAAAACUUCACCAAGAUGUUCUGGUUUCCUGCCACACCACUGUGUUCAGAGAUGGUGCUGCUUCACUCUAGGAACUGGAAUGUCUGUGCAUUGGGUUUCAGAACGUUUUCUGUAAGAGGCUGUGAAAACUGACAUGCCCUAGAAAAAAUGAAUAUAUACAGAUUGUUCCAUUGUAUUGGUAUCCCCUUCUGCCCAGCUUUCACAAGCAUCUGUUUUUAGAUUUUUCAUGGUGGAAUUCUGAUAACUCUUUUUGCUUAGCACAUAUAGACUAGCUUUGAACUUUUAAUCAUCCUUCAAAGUUCAUUUAUAUCUGGGGAUCAGCACCUCAGGGCUAGUUUGGAACCUUUUUGGGCCAAUCUUGGGAGCCCUGUUUUCAAAUUUUUCAUUUGCCUGACACAGUUCACUCAGCCACUUGUCGACAUGUCUGCUGUCCUAGGGACACCUAUCUUCCUGUUUAGACACUAAGCUUAGUAAGGGCAGAACUGAACUGCUGAGGUGUUAGAGCUUUGGGGCAGAGGACCUGGAGGAGUUGGCAGGGGUGGGUAGGGUGUUAGGAAGUAGUGUGCUUUGUUUUCAAGCCCUUUGUUAAAUAAAAUGACUGUGCUUUUA